UGAAAAUCAAAACAUAACCUAACAUAACCUGCUAGUACUAACCGUGAAGAAAAAGGAUUUGAUUUUUGUUGUAUUUGUUGUAUUUGUUCCCAAGAUCCCAAAUUAUGAGAACGUUUUGAGUAGGUAGUGAAACCUGUAAACCCAUUUAUUGAGACCUUGGUAUAUUGAGUGUAUUUCCAAAUUGCAAAACGUAGGCGAUAAAAACUUAGCUGCUCAGCAUGAGUGUGAACAGAGAAAAUGUACUGUCUUACAAAGGCAGUAACUUUUUUCGACAAAGAUUGGUGCUAUCAGUAUUGAGCGGAAAACCUAUAUUCAUAUCUGACAUACGAAUUCUAGAAGAUGAACCAGGUUUGAGAGAAUUUGAAGUCAGUUUAAUAAGACUCCUUGAUAAAAUUACAAAUGGAACAACAGUUGAAUUGAACGAAACUGGAACGUCAGUAUACUUCUUGCCUGGUUUACUUUAUGGUGGUGAGGUAGAUCAUGAUUGUUCCUUGGAAAGAGGUGUUGGAUAUUAUCUUGAAGCUUUGGUUAUGUUGGGUUUAUUUUGCAAACAACCACUCAAGGCAACUCUAAAAGGAGUAACUUCUAACAAUAUUGAUCCUUCAGUUGAUCUUGUAAAAACUAGCAUGUUGCAGACUAUGAGAAAGUUCAUAUUAGAUGAUGAAGGCCUGGAUCUCAAAAUAUCCAAGAGAGGAUUGAGGCCCCUAGGUGGAGGUGAAGUAAUUUUCAAAUGUCCAAUUCGAAAGCAAACAAGGCCUGUACAAUUAUCAGACUUUGGAAUGGUUAAACGAAUCAGAGGGACAGCUUAUGCUCUGAGAGUAUCACCUGCUAUAGCAAACAGAAUGGUUGAUAAGGCAAAGGGGGUCCUACUGCAGUUUAUUCCAGAUGUUUAUAUCAAUACUGAUCAAUGUAGAGGUAAACAAUCUGGCAAAAGUCCAGGAUUUGGAAUUCAUCUGGUAGCAGAAACUACAAUGGAUGUCUGCUAUUCAUCAGAACAAGUAUCAAAUGUAGUAUCAAUUGGAGAGGAAACAUCAGUACCUGAAGACUUAGGUGCUGCUGCAGCUCAAAGGUUACUCUAUGAAAUUUACUUAGGUGGUGUCAUUGACUCAACUUCUCAAUCUGUGGCAAUAUUAUGUAUGGCACUAGGAGAUAAAGAUGUUUCGAAAGUAGUAAUGGGACCAUUAUCUGAUUAUUCUAUUUGGUUUUUGAGACACUUGAGAGAGUUUUUCGGUAUUACAUUCAAAAUACAGCAUCUUGAAGAUGAAGAAGAAAAUACUGGCAGGGGGUGUAAGAAAAUUUUAUUAACUUGUGUUGGAAUUGGUUAUACUAACUUAAGUAAAAGGACAAUAUGAUUUUGAAUUGAAGUAAUUCCUCUUGUUUCCCAUAUUUUUUCUCCUGUUCACUUCCUCAAGUUCUAUAUCAUUACUUAAUAAGUCUAGUAGGUAACCUCUAUAAAAAUAUCCGGUAACCUACUCAAAGCCGGCCCGAACCAUAAACCACAUAGGUACUUUAUGUAAUGAAAGGGGUUCUUUGAACUAAAAGUGCUAGCUAGCUAACUGAUAUUGACUGGUAGUCAAAGUCAUUGCUAUAAGGCACCUACAGUAGAAAAAAAACCUUUCAGGUAUAACCUCUGGGGUGUUUACAUAUACUAUCAAAAAGUCAUAAAAUCAACAAAAAUAAAGAUGUUACCAAAGUAGCAAACUUAUGAAAGGGCAUUUUGAUAAAUAGUAGUAAUAAAGCACUGCUGUUCAUUUCAUCCUAUGAUCUAUAUACCAUGCAUUCACGUCUCGUCUAGACCUCACAUAGGACAUAUUAUGUCAAGGUCAAAUGCCUUUGGAUUAAUUGUAAUUAGAUUCAAAUUCAGUCUGUUUUUAUCACAUGGAAAUUCAAAUUUUCUAAUGGCAAAAAAAUACAAAUUAUAUAAAUUUCAAGUUUAC